GUUCGGUGGGUGAAACUUUCGAAAAAUUUCUGCCAGUGAAUCAGAAAAUGGAUAGUUUUGUCAGGGCUGAAACAAGUUGUUUACGUUGCACGCUUUGGUACGUAAGUAUGCAGCGUGUGGCGCAGCGCGAGUCGCGAUGAGUGAAACGGACCGAACAAGCAAAAGGGGAACGAAUAGAAAUACGCGAUAGAAGAACACUUUUCCUCGGUCGGACGAGUCAAGGAUGACAGUUGUGAAAGAGGAGAAGAGAAAAGAUCGAGGGAGAGAGUGAGGGAAUAAUUUCGUCGGGAAGGAAGUGUGUCGAGGCCUUUUCACGGACAGUCGCGGCUUAAGACCGUGUAAUCGUGACUUUACGAAUUCGAUGAUUUCCUUCCUUCGCUUGAAUUUUAUUUCAUUUACCCCCACCCCCAUUUUUUCGAUUCUUCUGCUCUCCUGCCCCUCCUCACGUUACUUCCUCCUCCUCCUUCGCCUUCUCAUCCUUUCCCUCAUUUUCUCCACCUUGUUUCCGGUCCCCCUCUUUCACGCCCCCUCCUCCGAGGGGAGAAGCUCAAUAGACGAUGGAGAAUGCGCCGGUAGUCUCGCGGGCGCGAUAACUUUGUUAAAAUAGCAGAACGUGGUGUGCCCGAUCGUGACCGUUAACUGUGAUAGCGAUAAAAACGCGUGGAAUGUCCGUGAAAAAAAUCGGUUGAAUGUUUCCUCUGGGUCAGGAUGUUGUCGUCGUCCAUCGUUUUGAAAUUAUGCGUAAUAUGGAGUUUGCUAACGAGUUCUUGGUCAUACACCGAACAAGUCGGCCGUUAUCGUUAUCAUACUGCAUCGAACAGAUACGGAACACCUCAGAAGUUUGUAACGCCGACGCGGGGAUGGAGCGAGACAAAUGGAUGGGAUAGCGGUGACUCACAAAGAUUGGCAAUUUUCCGGAGGAACGUGCAUGUCAGACCUUACGUAAGGUUAGCGAAAGUCGAACAGGAACGCGAACAACCGGAUCCACUGGUUACCAUCACCGAAACUUUAGGCGCUUUAAACACCGUCGGUAGUUACAUCGUCAAUAUGACCAGGGGUAUGGAGAACUCGAGUUACCCGCCAAAGGAACUACCGUCGGCCAUAUACACUAUCUCGAAGAAUAUUUUAGGACGUAACGUAACAGACAGCAUCGCGCCAUUAGUUCGAGGAGUAGCUUUACCUUUGCGGCCUGUGCCAACCGACAGCUCUACCUCUCCCUCUUCAUCUUCUUUCGCGGUUGAGGUCAACCAGGACAAGGCAAAGGAGUCGAUUGAUUGCACCACGGCGGACGGCAAUCCUGGAAAAUGUCAAGACUUGAGUAACUGUCCUCAACUAUUACUAGAUCUGACCAAACUUAGACAGUCUUUGUGCUUCAAAAGUCUGUUCGUCCCGGGAGUUUGUUGUCAAUCGACGGAUAAAACCGAUAUCAACGAGACGAGUCCUAUAGCCGGUAUAAUCCUAAAUCCAGGGGGGAUCACGUCAGCUGUACAUCCGCCAUCACGACCGCCAAUUCGUCCGACGAAACCGCAUCAAACUCCUCGACCGAUACCAUUGUUCCCCAUAACGUCUGUUUCGACUACGCCGGCGAAUCUUGUCGAGUUGUUAACUACAGAAUUCGUCCCAGUAUCACCCUCUGCCGUCGGUCUGUCGGUGAACCAUUCGAACAAUUUCUUCGGUGCCUCAACCACCGGCGGCACGAUCGAUAACAAUUUCAUACAAGACGACGAAGAGUGUGGUGUGCGAAACUCGGGUAAGUAUCGAGUGGUCGGUGGAGAAGAGGCUCUUCCCGGACGUUGGCCUUGGAUGGCGGCGAUAUUCUUGCACGGCUCUAAACGUACGGAAUUCUGGUGUGGCGGGUCACUGAUCGGAUCGCGGUACAUUCUCACCGCGGCUCAUUGCACGCGCGAUCAUCGCCAACGGCCAUUCGCCGCCAGACAGUUCACCGUGCGUCUCGGGGACAUCGAUCUCGAGAGAAACGACGAACCAUCCGCCCCGGAAACUUACGCGGUCAAGCACAUUCACGCUCAUCCGAAGUUCUCCCGCGUUGGAUUUUACAACGACAUCGCGAUCCUCGAACUGACCAGAACCGUUCGAAAAUCACCUUACGUCAUACCGAUUUGCCUGCCGCAGCUGCAUUAUCGAAAGGAACGAUUCGCAGGCGCCAGACCCACUGUAGUCGGAUGGGGUACAACUUAUUACGGCGGGAAAGAAAGCACGGUGCAACGACAGGCAGUGCUGCCAGUAUGGAGGAACGAAGAUUGCAACGCAGCUUACUUUCAACCGAUUACCAGCAAUUUUUUAUGCGCUGGUUACAGCCAGGGUGGUAAAGAUGCUUGUCAAGGCGAUUCCGGUGGUCCUCUUAUGCUUAGAGCAGACGGCAGAUGGAUUCAAAUCGGUAUCGUUUCAUUCGGCAACAAGUGUGGAGAACCCGGAUAUCCGGGGGUAUACACCCGUGUCACCGAAUACGUAGACUGGAUUAAAAGUAAUUUAAAUUAAGCGCGAAGAACUUCUGGUCCUCGCUCCGACGGUUCUGUGCUUCCAAACUCCAAAUGCGCUUUAUUAAUACCUUUUCCAUGGUGGUACAAUUAUCGUUUGUAUACCUCUGAUUGUGAGUGCCAAGAAUAGUGCCCCUUAUUUAUACGUUCAAUAUUGCAGUGCACCAACGUGAACAUAUGUAACCUAUGCUCAUGAGCAUAUGAGACAAAUUGUUUCUUAUUUAUAUUAUAAUUAUUGUAUAUACGUGCGCGCACUUGCAUAUAAAUAUGUAAUUUAAUAAAUUACGUCUACAAAUUGAA